AUGGAUCAACCUUUUGCAUCUUAAAUCAAUUUUGUCUGUUUUUGUUCAGAAUCGGUUCUUUUAAAUCAAUAGAGUAUGACAGACCAUAUCAGAAGAUGCUAAGUUUAUAGACAAUCGUCUCCUUUUUUCCAAAAGUUUGAACAACUCUAGGUUGAGAGAAUGCAAAGACAGCAUUUGUUUGCUUUAAAGAGCGAGUUCUACGUUUUCAUCGAAAAAGUAGAUGCUUUAAUAAAGGCAGGGGAGGAUAGAUAAGCCUCCUCAUUUAUAUAAAAGCCCCCUCAAUUUGGAAAUGGAUCUUAAAUUUAAUAGAGAAACAAUAGUCAAAUAAAUUAGCAGCCUCCAUUUGCACAAAAAUAAAAUGAGGUUGACAUUUUCAAAUCCAUGUAACAAUUAUAAAAGUUGGAAGAAUGUAAAGUUUGUGGAAGGUAAGUUCAUGCAGACAUAAUUACAUAUUUUGAACAUUGCUUUACACCUAUCUGCAGACCUUGUUUAAUGAAAUAGAUAGAAAAGGACUCAAAAAAUAGUACAGCAUUUUUCUGUCCAAAUUAGCUAUGCAAAAAAGUAAUGGCAGAAUAAGAAUUGAUACAAUUGCUUGGUAGAGAAAAACAUGAUUAAUAUGCAACUAUUAUGGUAGAAAGACAAUUCAACAUUGUAAAAUGUUCGGCUUGUUCCGAAUAGGGUGCUUUUGAGAAAGGAAGUCAUAUUACAACUUUAAAAGAUCCUGUCACAAACUAAUAAUUAUAACCAAAAUAUGUGGAACAUUAUCUUAAUAAUAGAUUUAUGUGUUUCAAUUAAAAAUGUAGAACAGAACAAUGUAAAGAAUGCAAAGCAGUUCCAUAUCAUUUAGGUAUGACUUGUGAAGAGUACAAAAUAAAGAAAGCAUCCAAAUGUUGUAGAUAUUGUGAUUAACUUAUACAUAAUGUUCAAUUGCAUAUGCCCGAAGCCUUAUAAGACAUUUGUUAGGAAAAGGAAUGCUAAGAGAAAGCCUAAUUUGCUUGCAAUAAAAUGUUAGCUUGUAGACAUCCUUGUCCAGGAUUCAAAAAUGAAUAGAUAUGUUCAACAUGUUUAAAUGAUUAAUGUUGCAAAGGAGAUUAAAAAGGAGACGACUAUUGUAAUAUUUGCUUUGUUGAGGGUUUAAAGAAUGCUCCUGUCAUCCAAUCAAAGUGUGGCCAUAUCUUUCAUUACACUUGUAUACUUAAAAGAUUGGAUGUGAAAUGGAAUGGACCAAGAAUAGUAUUCAAGUUUUGUUUGUGUCCUCUCUGUAAUUCUUGGUUAGAAUUCUAACCAUCCUAACCUUAGAACCUCGUGAAUUAAUAUUAUUUACUCUUUUAAGAUGUCAUGAAGAAAUCACUUGAUAGAUUGAAAUAUGAAAACAGAGAUAAAGAUGAGAAGCUCAAUAAAGUGGGGGAACAAUUUUAUGGCAAACCCCAAGAGUAUGCUAUGGCUAUCUAUUGUUAUUAUUAAUGCUUUAAAUGCAAGACCCCUUAUUUUGGAGGAGCCAAAGAUUGUCAAAGAGCAUUAGAAGAAGGAGAUAAAUAAUAUAAACCUGAAGAAUUGAUUUGUGCCAAUUGUUGUGAUGUACCAGUUGGAGAAACAUGUUAAAUUCAUGGAAAGGAAUAUAUUGAAUUCAAAUGCAAGUUUUGUUGUUAAAUAGCUGUGUGGUUCUGCUGGGGUACAACUCACUUUUGUGAAGAUUGUCAUAAGAGAUAAUGUAAUGGAGAUUAUGUAUCCAAAAUACCUAAAGAGAAACUCCCCAAAUGUCCUGGUAAGGACAAAUGUCCUAUCAAAAUGGAGCAUAAACCAAAUGGAGAAGAACAAGCCUUAGGAUGUGCUAUUUGUAGGAACUAAAGAGCCAAUUAACAAAAUUUCUGA